UGACGCGCAUGCGCUGUUCUCACACUUCCACGUGCGAAUGGGAAGCGCAUUUCUUGCUAAUAUUCAUCUCUGCUAGUUCUAUGACAAUAAUUGUUCGCAUUUUUGUUCUUCACGUCAAGUGGCACUACGUUACAUCUUUAAAAAGCAUGUCUUGUUAAGAUUUUCUUCAUUCUAUCGGAAUGUUUGUCUGUUUUACCAAGGCACAGAUGUCUGAAUAAAAACAACACCACGCUCAUAGACAAGCUACAUAAAAGUAAGAUUAAAAAAGGACAAAAACCAAAACAUAAUGCCUAAAUCAACAAAGAGUCCGGCUGAAAUGGAACAUCAGAGUUCGGAUGAUGAAGAGGACGUUUUAGAGAUGGAGAGAAACUUUGCUUUACUUAGUAAAAAGAGCACAAUGCAAACUUCAGCAGAGGAUGAAGAGGAAAUGAGAGAUGAAGAUGCAUCUUCAGAGGAAGACGAAGCUGAACCUGAAGAGGAUGAAGACAAUGGUGAUGAAGAUGAGUCAGGGAGUGAUGAAGAUGAAGCAGAUAGUAACCCUGAAGAUGAAGGAGUCAGCAAUGACCCAUCACACACGGAGGGAAACCUUAAAAAAGAAUUGUCGACCAUGUCCUUUGAGGAGAUCAUGAAGCUACAGAAUAAAGUUGGAACAAAAGCAUACAAUAAAAUCGCUUAUGGUGCCACAAAGACUCAGAAGAAAACCGAGCCCAUGAAACGAUUAAAUAAACACAAACCUCAAGAGAUUUCUGCAAAGAAACAUGUGCCUUUCCUCCGAAAAGUGGUUCCUGUUAAGAAAAGGAUUUCAAGGGACCCUCGCUUUGAUGACCUCUCCGGGGAAUACAAGCCUGAAAUUUUUAAUAAGACGUACAGAUUCAUUAAUGACAUCCGAGAAAAGGAAACAAAAAUAGUGAGGAAGAAACUCAAGAAAGCCAAAUCAGACUCUCGAAAGGAAGAACUGAAGGCCUUGCUUAAAAGAAUGGAAAACCAGCAGAGAGCCCGACAGAGGCAAGAGCAGGAAAAAGAAAAGGAACUUCAGUUCAAGCGGAAACAGAGAGAGCUGGUUGGCCAGGGACACAAACCUUUCUACCUAAAGAAAUCUGACAUGAAAAAGCUGGAAUUGGCUGAGAAGUACAGCGAGCUGAAAAAGAGCGGGAAACUGGAGAACUUCUUGAGUAAGAAGAGGAAGCGUAACGCCACAAAAGAUCGCAAAAAGUUGCCCAAUCAGCACAAGAAACGCCAAAUAUGGACCAAUUAUGGCUCAUCUGUGGCACCUUGAGUUGGUUAUUUGUCUGUGUGUGACAUAAUGCAGAAUGACGUCUGCUGAAAAGUAAAUCCUGCUGGACUAUGAUGUUAAAAGCAGAUUUGGUAUGAUUUGAAGUGUACAUUUCACCUACGUUUGCACAGUUAUGGAUUACGAUGUGUUUUGUUAACAGGUUUGACAUUUAAGAUGUUUAUCUUAAGUAUCCAUUAUCCAUUAUAUUUUCUUUAAAUAAAAUCUUACAUUUA